CCAAUCAUUUUUACCUCAUGCAUAACACACAUACAUUCUUUUUUCACACUCUGUGGCCCUUUAUAUAGUACUCCUAUUUCUUACUCUCAUUAUCUCAUAGGGAUAUGGCUAGUUCCAGGAUGAAAUUAUUAGAACUGCUUUUUAUCCUAAUGUUGUUUGCUAUUAGCACAAAUGCGGCUAAAAGGGGUGAGUAUGCCAGGAGGGAUAAUACAUUGAGGGUAGCUAAUGAAGAUGGCUACUUGAAUUGGAUUAAUCGCAUGAGUUCUCGCAAUCAUUCUGUCUUUCAAGAAGCGAAAAACAAAUUAGAGCCUUGCAAAUUAAUUAAGGUGAAUAAACAUCCCAAGUCUGGGGAUUUUACUACGGUUCAACAAGCUAUCGACUCAAUUCCAAUAGUCAAUUCGUGUCGAGUGGUUAUUUCCGUUAGUCCUGGAAUUUACAGGGAGAAGAUUGAAAUCCCAGCAACAAUGGCUUACAUUACCCUGGAAGGUGCUGGUUCAAGCAAAACAACCAUCAAAUGGGAUGACACUGCAGAUAGGGCAGGAAAAGAUGGCCAGCCAUUGGGAACUUAUGGUUCUGCAACUUUUGCUGUUAAUUCCCCCUACUUCAUUGCCAGAAACAUCACCUUUAAGAAUGUAGCGCCACCGCCACCAUCAGGGGCACUGGGAAAGCAAGCGGUGGCAUUAAGAAUCUCAGCAGACACAGCGGCGUUCAUAAAUUGCAAGUUCAUUGGAGCACAAGACACAUUGUAUGAUCAGAGGGGCAGGCAUUAUUUCAAGAAUUGCUACAUUCAAGGUUCGGUAGAUUUCAUAUUUGGAAAUGGGCUGUCUCUCUAUGAGAAUUGUCAUUUACGUGCCAAAACAAAAAGCUAUGGAGCCUUGACAGCCCAGAAGAGGGAGAGCUUACUGGAGGAAACUGGAUUCUCUUUUUUGAAUUGCAAGGUUACUGGAUCUGGUGCUCUUUAUUUGGGCAGGGCUUGGGGUACUUUCUCUCGGGUCGUCUUUGCUUACACUUACAUGGAUAAGAUCAUCACACCAAAGGGAUGGUAUGAUUGGGGGGAUAAGAACAGGCAUAUGACGGUAUUUUAUGGGCAAUUCAAGUGUUCAGGACCAGGGGCUGACCAUGGUGGCAGGGUGCAAUGGUCCAGGGAGCUCACUGAACAAGAAGCCAAACCUUUCAUCUCGCUCAGCUUCAUCGAUGGUCAUGAAUGGAUUCUUAAUAUUUGAUGAUUUCUUCGGUGUCAAGCUAAGCCAUGGCAGUCUUACUCCUGUACAAUUGCACAAUCUAUCUGUGACAUAUUGAAAGUUUAACCUACACAAGAAGUUAAUUUUUCCCAGCCACCAUAAUAUAGCCAAUUUCUCAUCCACGCAUCUGAAUUGUUGCUGCUUAAGAGCUGCACAUCCUUCCACGACCACGAAAAUAGAAAAAGUAGCCCUUCCUCUUAAGUCUUAUCAAACCGGAGUACAGUCAUGCAAGAAUAAGCGCCCGCUUGGAUUGUCUUAUAAGUUAUUUUCAACUUUU